AUGGCCGUGGAUAGACCGUUAUCAGAUGUAAAACCUCGACCACAAAGUAUGAGAGAUUUGGAUCGUAAAAGUACAUUGAAUAAUCAUAAAAAAUCAAAUCAGGAAAAUCAGUAUAUGUUAGCAAUACGUUCAGCUCAAUUAAAUGCGCGAAAAGUACGCAUCGAACGUUGGGCACGAAAAGGUCGUUCAAUAUCGAUAAAUUCAUCGGCUUCGGCUGCUGCUAUUGGCGGCUUAGCGAAUCAAAAACGUUCAGAAAGUACAUUUAUACAAACAGGAAAACUUUUAGACGUACAAUUGAUACAAUUAGCGGAACAACGACAAAAAACGAUUGAAACUAUGAAUUUUGAACAAAAGUUAUUUGCCAAUAAACAAGCUUUACAUUUAAAAGAUAAUCAAGCAAUUUUACGAACAUUGAGUUACGUACGAAAAUGUUGCAAAUAUGCUAACGAUGACGAUGAUUUUAAUGAUCCAUCAAUCUUUUUGAAUGAAAAUUCGAAUCGAGUCAAAAAUCGUUCACGAUCUCCAUCAGUGGAACGUCGUACGCCAACUCCUCCAACGAAAAAAUCUCGAAGUAAAUCACAAACGCAAACCAGCGCAUCUUUGGCAGCCUCUUAUUUACAAAAACAAGGAGAUCAUUCAUCAACUAAUACUUUAGUGCAUGUGGAAACGCAAGGACCAACAUUGAGUCAGCAUACACAGGGAGCUAUUGAAAAUGAAAAACAGAACACUCAAAAACGUCAUGUUCAAUUUCGUUUGAAUUCAUCUAUUCAACGACGAAGAUCAAGUCAAAAUAAUUAUUUAAUGCCGCGAACUAUUACUUCAGCUAACGGCAUAAAACCACCUCAAGAGAAUGAUCAACGGGAAUCAAAUUCGGCACCGGUGUUCAUCACUCACAACGGUGAAGGCACAAAUAGUCCUGAACUUCUACAUAGUAAUAUUUUGAUAAAAAUCAAUGAUAAUCAAACAGGGACACAUAGUCGACGUCUAUCAUCAAAAUAUUCAAUUAAAGAUUUUCGUCUACAUCCAGAACGUUUUUUAAGUGCAAAUAAUCGAUAUUUACCAUUGUUAAAACGAAAUGCAAUGGAAAAUGAAACACGUGAACUACUUUCAAAACAGCAACAGAAGGUGCCACAAAAUGAGAAUUAUCUACGUGUUCGAAAUCAACAAACAUCAAGAUUAUCAGACAAUAGUUAUUCGGGUUCAGACUUGACAUACGAUGAAGAUAUUAAAUCAUUUUUAAGUGACGAUGUAACAGAAGUGGUAUUUGCUAACAAGAUGGCAAGACCUGAAGGAUGGCAAGAUUCAGAGAACAAAACAAAACGAAAGAUUUCUCGACGAUCAUCCUCUGCCAUAGUCAAACCUGUUGCCGAGAAAAAAAAGCCCAAAAUAAGCAAACAUAAUUUGAAUGAAGACUUAAUAGAUGAAGAUUAUGAACGUUUAAAAGCAAUAAAAAUACUUCGUGAUCGAGAAAUGUCUCAUCUUCAAGAAUUAACAAAAUCAAAACAAAUUGAAGAUUUUCUUGAACCAUUAUCGGUAACGAAACAUGAUGAUGAGGAACCGACAGCUGAAACACCACAAUAUAUUCGUCAAUUUCAAGCAAAAUUAAAAGGAGGAGAAUCAAAUGUAUUACAAUCACAUGGCAAUGUAAAACCAUCAACACUUUCCACAACAACAACAACGACAACAACAAAUAAUACCGCUGUUGAUAGACAAAUAAUUCAUAUUGAUGAUAAACCAGAAUAUAUUUCCAGUUCAAAGAUAGCGAGUGCACCAAAUCGUCGUCUAUCUGAUAUUUUAAAUACAAUUGAUUCAUUAAGAUGUACAGAUGAGGAAAAAUACAGUAGAAGAAAAGUAGAUAUCGAGAAAAAUCGUGCAAAGCUUGGCAUAUUACUAUUUUAA